UAGGUUUCCCCCCUGUAUAUUUUUCAGCCUGGCAUCGUCCGGAUCGUUCAUUAGUCGACGGUAAAAACUGAAAACAUAUGGAAAUAACGAGAAAAAGAGGGGCAUCUCUCACCGCCGGCGACACGUGUUCCUCUCCCCUCUCCCUCCUCGCAUGAGUUUCAGAGGAGGGCAGGGUAGCCUUUGCAUCUCAUCUCCUCCUCAUCUGGCUUUGGAGGGCACAGCCGAGUGAGCCAUGACUUUGAGCUCAGAGAUGUCGGAUGCCUCCCUCCUCUCUGAAGAGACCGACAUAGACGUGGUCGGCGAGGGGGAGGAUGGAGACAACCAGACGCGCUCCUACGUGGACGAGGUGGCGCAGAUGCACGACGGCAUCCUCUUGGCUGGCUCUCCUCCGCCGUGCAUGGACAGCUCCUCCGCGCCAAGGGAUGCCUACAAGCCGGCGAGCAAGAACACGCUGGUGAAGCCCCCUUACUCCUACAUUGCCUUAAUCACCAUGGCCAUCCUGCAGAGUCCCAAGAAGAGGCUCACUCUCAGCGAGAUCUGCGACUUCAUCAGCAACCGCUUCCCUUAUUACAGGGAGAAGUUCCCGGCCUGGCAGAACUCCAUCAGACACAACUUGUCCCUCAACGACUGCUUCGUCAAGAUUCCGAGGGAACCCGGGAACCCUGGGAAGGGCAACUACUGGACCUUGGACCCAGAGUCGGCCGAUAUGUUUGACAACGGGAGCUUUCUGAGGCGGAGGAAACGCUUCAAGCGGCAGCAGACGCAGGACUUGCUGCGGGAGCACAACAGUUUUAUCCCCGCUGCUGCUGCCUACGGGUAUGGACCGUACGGCUGUGGAGGCUACGGCAUCCAGCUCCAGUCCUACCACACACACUCUGCGCUUUUUGCGUUUCAGCAGCAGCAGCAGCAGCAGCAGUCCAGGCACUCACAUUCACAUUCACACACGGGAACCAUUAUCCCUGCACCAUCUUUGAUGCCCACCACCACGGACUUGGCCAGGAGUAGGUUUUACCCGCAGCUCAGCUCCAGUCUGGGAUCUGCUAUAGUUCAGGCUUCGACUCCGGUGCAGAAGUCCAGCUCCCCCGUCCAGCGGUCUCCCUUCUCCAUAGAGAGCAUCAUCGGGGGGUCGCUGAGCCCCUCCAGGACUCCUCCCGUCGUUGUCCCGGUCUUACCGUCCUCUCUCGGGCCUCAGGCGGCCAGCCAGCCCCCGUCCGUCCACCCUGGAACUGUCUUACACCCGGUUGAAAACUUUCCAAACAGAGUUGUCAGCGGCACUAGUGGCUGUUAAAUGUCUUAACUGCAAACUUUUCAACAGACAGCAAAACAAAAAAGAAAAGAAAAAACGAACACAAAAACGUCCCUCUUUGAAGGUAGGAUUAUUUUUGUAUGUUUAUUUGAUAGCACGCAGCUGAAUGAUGGACAUAAAAACACUAUUCGUGCCUAUAUUCAUGCUGUAAAAAGAUAUAUUUAUGUUCAGUUUUUUUUUCGGUGUGAAUCAAAAUUUUGACCACGAACUUUGCUUUUUUCCAUGAAGUGAUUCGUUUCAGUCACUGUUUAGGGCGUCUCAGGACUUAAUGGACAGGUUAUAAAUGAUCACAUGUUUUAAAUAGGCUAAUGUAU